AAUUAUGCAUGAAGGCGUAGCUUGGCCAGCUGGGACUGCGUGGGGAUUGGCUGAAGGGGCUGUAAUUCAGCGGUUUCCGGAGCUGCAGUGUAGACCGGGAGGGGGAGCCCGGGGUUCCGACGUCGCGGCGGAGGGAACGAGCCCUCACCGGAUCCCUGAAGCGCACCCCCGCUCGGUGCCGCCUGUCCGCGUCGGCUCGUAAAGGCCCUCGGGAGCCCCGUCGCUCGCACCCGGCGCCAGCGCAGCGCCUGUCGGGCCUGAGCCCGGGAGACAGUUGGGACCCCUGAUUCCAGCAGGAUGGCCCAAUGGAAUCAGCUCCAGCAGCUCGACACACGGUACCUGGAGCAACUUCAUCAGCUGUACAGUGACAGCUUCCCCAUGGAGCUACGGCAGUUCCUGGCACCUUGGAUUGAGAGUCAAGAUUGGGCAUAUGCAGCCAGCAAAGAGUCACAUGCCACGCUGGUAUUUCAUAACCUCCUGGGUGAGAUUGACCAGCAAUACAGCCGCUUCCUGCAAGAGUCCAAUGUCCUCUAUCAGCACAACCUGCGAAGAAUCAAGCAGUUCCUCCAGAGCAGGUAUCUUGAGAAACCAAUGGAAAUUGCCCGGAUUGUGGCCCGGUGCCUGUGGGAAGAGUCCCGCCUCCUCCAGACGGCAGCCACUGCAGCCCAGCAAGGGGGUCAGGCCAACCACCCUACAGCUGCUGUGGUGACGGAGAAGCAGCAGAUGCUGGAACAGCACCUUCAGGAUGUUCGGAAACGUGUGCAGGAUCUAGAACAGAAAAUGAAAGUGGUAGAGAAUCUCCAGGAUGACUUUGAUUUCAACUAUAAAACCCUCAAGAGUCAAGGAGACAUGCAGGAUCUGAAUGGAAACAACCAGUCUGUGACCAGGCAGAAGAUGCAGCAGCUGGAACAGAUGCUCACAGCGCUGGACCAGAUGCGGAGAAGCAUUGUGAGUGAGUUGGCGGGGCUUUUGUCAGCGAUGGAGUAUGUUCAGAAAACGCUUACAGAUGAAGAGCUGGCUGACUGGAAGAGGCGGCAACAGAUUGCCUGCAUUGGCGGCCCUCCCAACAUCUGCCUGGAUCGUCUAGAAAACUGGAUAACCUCAUUAGCAGAAUCUCAACUUCAGACCCGCCAACAAAUUAAGAAACUGGAGGAAUUGCAGCAAAAAGUUUCCUAUAAAGGGGACCCUAUUGUACAACACCGGCCAAUGCUGGAGGAGAGAAUUGUGGAGCUAUUCAGAAACUUAAUGAAAAGUGCCUUCGUGGUUGAGCGGCAGCCCUGCAUGCCCAUGCACCCUGACCGGCCCUUAGUCAUCAAGACUGGUGUCCAGUUUACCACUAAAGUCAGGUUGCUGGUCAAAUUUCCUGAGUUGAAUUACCAGCUUAAAAUUAAAGUGUGCAUUGACAAAGACUCCGGGGACGUUGCUGCCCUCAGAGGAUCCCGGAAAUUUAACAUUCUGGGCACAAACACAAAAGUGAUGAAUAUGGAAGAGUCCAACAAUGGCAGCCUGUCUGCGGAAUUCAAGCACUUGACCCUGAGGGAGCAGAGAUGUGGGAAUGGGGGCCGUGCCAAUUGUGAUGCUUCCUUGAUUGUGACUGAGGAGCUGCACCUGAUCACAUUUGAGACUGAGGUCUACCACCAAGGCCUCAAGAUCGACCUAGAGACCCAUUCCUUGCCAGUUGUGGUGAUUUCCAACAUCUGUCAGAUGCCAAAUGCCUGGGCAUCGAUCCUGUGGUAUAACAUGCUGACCAACAACCCCAAGAACGUGAACUUCUUCACCAAGCCUCCAAUUGGAACCUGGGAUCAAGUAGCUGAGGUGCUGAGCUGGCAGUUCUCCUCCACCACAAAAAGAGGGCUGAGCAUCGAGCAGCUGACUACGCUGGCUGAGAAGCUCUUAGGACCUGGCGUGAACUACUCAGGGUGUCAAAUCACAUGGGCUAAAUUUUGCAAAGAAAACAUGGCUGGCAAGGGCUUCUCCUUCUGGGUCUGGCUGGACAAUAUCAUUGACCUUGUGAAGAAGUACAUCCUGGCCCUUUGGAAUGAAGGGUACAUCAUGGGCUUUAUCAGCAAGGAGCGGGAGCGGGCCAUCCUGAGCACCAAGCCCCCGGGUACCUUCCUACUGAGAUUCAGCGAGAGCAGCAAAGAAGGAGGGGUCACUUUCACUUGGGUGGAGAAGGACAUCAGUGGCAAGACCCAGAUCCAGUCGGUGGAGCCGUACACAAAGCAACAGCUGAACAACAUGUCAUUUGCUGAAAUCAUCAUGGGCUAUAAGAUCAUGGAUGCUACAAACAUCCUGGUGUCUCCUCUGGUCUAUCUCUACCCUGACAUUCCUAAGGAGGAAGCAUUUGGAAAGUAUUGUCGGCCAGAGAGCCAGGAGCAUCCUGAAGCUGACCCAGGUAGUGCUGCCCCUUACCUGAAGACCAAGUUCAUCUGUGUGACUCCAACGACCUGCAGCAAUACCAUUGACCUGCCGAUGUCCCCCCGCACUUUAGAUUCAUUGAUGCAGUUUGGAAAUAAUGGUGAAGGUGCUGAGCCCUCAGCAGGAGGACAGUUUGAGUCACUCACGUUUGACAUGGAGCUGACCUCGGAGUGUGCUACCUCCCCCAUGUGAGGAGCUGUGAACGGAAGCUGCAGAGAUGUGACUGAGGCACCUACCCUGUGUUCCACCCCUUAAGCAGCCAAACCCCAGAUCAUCUGAAACUCCUAACUUUGUGGUUCCAGAUUUUUUUUAAAAUCUCCUACUUCUGCUAUCUUUGAGCAAUCUGGGCGCUUUUUGAAAUAGAGAAAUGAGUGAAUGUGGGUGAUGUGCUUUUAUGCAAAGAAGAAAGUAUUCUCUGAGCCUGUGAUGGGGGCUGUGAGAGCGGGAGGCCAGAGGGAGAAAAAGGAAAUGCCUUGUGUUCUUUUUUCCCCUGCCCUCCUUUCUCAGCAGCUUGUUAGUGUUUGUUGUUAGACAAGUGCCUCCUGGUGCCCCCAGCAUCCUCCUGCCCAUUUCUGUGAGCUAAUGCCCCCAGCUCCCUAGAGCUGAGGACUCCUGGCAUUGCACUUUUGACCUUGCUAAAGUCCAAACAGAAGAUAAGACUAAGCCCAUGGGUUUCUUUUUACAUUUAAAAAAAAGGAAUAAUUAAAGGGCAAAACACACUGUAACAGCAUAGCUUUUCCCUAUUUAAGAAAACCCAGUUAACAGCCUCUUUGGUGCUUUAAGCAUUCAGCUAUCUUCAGGCUGAUAAUUUAUAUAAACCCUGAAAUGAAAAUAGUUUCGGAUCAAAACCUUAAAAAGACAUCUGAAGCUUGGCUUGGCCUCUGGUUUAAACAAAAGGUUAGAGUGAACCUAGACAUCCCACUCUUUUUAUUAUAAACUGAGUUUUAUUUGCUCUGAGUAUGCUCACUUACUUGAGGGGUAAGGAUAAGCCAAGGACACUGAAAACCUUUGCUCCCUUCCCCCCCAGACUGUGGCCCCUGUUUCAGGGCCAGCUUGUCCUAUGGGUGCCUUGCUGGGCCUAGGACCAACCUGGCUUCCUUUCCCACCUGACCUUCCUAGUGGUAUAUCUCCUUACCAUAUCUAAAGGCUCCCUGUCCCACUUGUAAUAAAAAUUCUGGACUACUCUGGGGCGUCGUGGUGCACGCCUUUAAUUCCAGCACGUGGGAGGCAGAGGCAGGCAGAUCUCUAUGAGGUCAAGGCCAGCCUGGUCUACAUAGUGAGUUCCAGCCCAGGUGGGGUUACAGGGAGACCCUGUCUCAAAAAGACCAAAAAAAAAAAAAGAAUUUAUAUAUAUAUCUUCUGGCCUCAGGACCUCAUGAGAGGAGAGGUUUAAACAUGAUUCAGGCUACAGUACCCCAGCAAAGUGUCUAAUUGAGCUCAGGGAGUAUAUGGUUCUUACCCUAUUUUCUUCAUUUCCAGAGGCACCUAUAAACUCUUUAUUUGUAAAUGCAGGGCAAAAGCUGACUGAUAAGCUCCAUGUCCACCCUUCAUGUGAGGGCUGUACUCCUGGCCUCCCCUGGGACUGUCGUUGUGGCCCCCAGGUGAGGCAGAGCAACCAGAGUCCCUGCACCUAUUGUGGCCUUGUUACCUGUCUGCCUUAGCCACUCAACUUGCUGGAGCACUUCGUGGUGGGCCAGGUAGGGCCUCCUCUGCCCCAGAGGAUGGCUGGACUCAGUGACUCAGAGCUGCUCAGUUGACCAAUGUCUGUGGAAUUCUGUUUGUUCCACCCAAAUUAUCUAGAGUCUGAAUUAAGGGGGUGAGGCCCUUCUCUCCAAGAUGAACUGCUUGCCUUGGCCACCCCUGUGCUGCCUUGAGACAUUUAUUGGCGCUCCCCCUUCCCUAGCAACACUCUUUAUACACAAUAAGCUGAACUCAUAAAUUGAAAGGUUAUUUAGAAAGGUGAGGCUUGGGCUUCUCUGGGGCAGGUGCUGUAAAUUUCAUGGCUUUAGGCAGUAUGUGGAUCUUUGUUUAGCCAGUUGUAGCCAGGGUUCUAAGGCAAGCAGAAAUUUGCUCUACAGAGUCCUCAGAACCUGCCUGCUUUCCCUCCCCUAUCCUGCCUGUUUCCCGGCCGAGCCCAGCCAUGCCUGCAGAUUGCUUAGCCUCCCUGUUCAGUGGUUUGUAUACUGCUGUCCUGGUCACUGCAUUCAAAUUUCAAUGUAUACUUCCUAGUGUAAAAAUUUAUAUUAUUGUGAGAUUUUUUUUUUUGUAUAUUGCUGUAUCUACUUUAACUUCCAGAAAUAAAAAUUAUAUAGGAACUGUCUGA